CUCACACACACACACACUGCCUCGCUCUCUCAUUCGCUCGCUCGCCCACUCACACGCGAGUGCACAUUCUCGAGUGCACAACUCCGUGGUCCUGACAUCUGAGUUCACUGUCAAUCUCUGUCUCCCUCGCAGGGAUACCCCUUCCAUCUCCGCGGAGCACCGCUGGAAACUAUUUUUCUUCCCAUAAACUUCCGAACGAGACCGAUCCACACUCGCACCUUUCUGCUUGGAGAACUAAUAGCUUUAUUCGCUAAGGAGUUGGAAAACACGUCGCAGUAUGCCACAAAAAGGGAAACAUUAAGUAAACGGCAGAUGCUUGACUAAAUUGUCAACUCUUUGUCCAGAAUACCACAACCAAGCCACGUGGGAGUCUGGCGUUGCCUCAAUGAUGCAGAACAAGGUGUAUGACAUCUGUGAUGAAGGUCACUCUGGCGUGAACCAGCUGGGCGGUGUGUUCGUUAACGGUAGACCGCUACCGGACUCCACCAGGCAGAAAAUAGUGGAACUCGCUCACAGUGGCGCGCGGCCGUGUGAUAUCUCCAGGAUUCUGCAGACCCAUGAUGGUGCAAAAGUCCAAGUGCUGGACAAUGAAAACGUGUCCAACGGUUGUGUGAGCAAGAUUCUGGGCAGAUACUAUGAAACUGGCUCCAUACGACCGAGAGCAAUAGGCGGUAGCAAGCCUAGGGUAGCCACUCCAGAGGUGGUCGGUAAAAUUGCGCAGUACAAGCGGGAGUGUCCGUCUAUCUUCGCGUGGGAGAUCCGGGACAGACUUCUGUCAGAGGGAGUCUGCACCAACGACAACAUACCAAGUGUCUCGUCGAUAAACAGAGUGCUACGCAACCUGGCUAGUGAGAAGCAACAGAUGGGUGCAGAUGGCAUGUAUGACAAGCUGAGGAUGCUCAACGGUCAGACAGGAACUUGGGGGACCCGGCCAGGCUGGUACCCCGGAACGUCGGUGCCAGGACAGCCCAACCCAGACGGUUGCCAACAACAGGACGGUGCAGGGGAAAACACGAACUCCAUCAGCUCCAACGGGGAGGACUCGGACGAGACGCAGAUGCGACUCCAGUUGAAAAGGAAGUUACAGAGGAACCGCACGUCCUUCACCCAGGAGCAGAUCGAAGCGCUGGAAAAAGAAUUUGAACGAACUCAUUAUCCGGAUGUUUUUGCGAGAGAGAGACUAGCAGCGAAAAUCGACCUGCCCGAAGCAAGAAUACAAGUAUGGUUCUCAAACAGGAGAGCAAAGUGGAGGCGAGAGGAGAAGCUCCGGAAUCAGCGUCGCCAGGCCAACAACUCCUCCAGUCACAUCCCGAUCAGCAGCAGCUUCAGCACCAGCGUCUACCAGGCCAUCCCGCAGCCCGCCACGCCAGUGUCUUUCACUUCGGGGUCAAUGCUGGGUAGACCUGACACAGCACUCACGAACACCUACAGUGCGCUGCCUCCCAUGCCGAGCUUCACCAUGUCCAACAACCUACCUAUGCAACCCAGCCAGACCUCCUCUUAUUCCUGCAUGCUGCCUACCAGUCCGCCUGUGAAUGGGCGGAGCUACGAAACAUACACGCCCCCUCAUAUGCAGGCACAUAUGAACAGCCAAUCAAUGACAUCUUCUGGUACCACCUCAACAGGACUCAUCUCUCCUGGAGUGUCUGUCCCUGUGCAGGUCCCAGGGGGCGAACCUGACAUGUCUCAGUAUUGGUCAAGACUACAGUAGAGAGAAGAGCUACUUUGCCCUGUAACAAGCCCCCACGCCACCCCCCCCCCCCCCCCAAACCCCCAACCCCUACUACCCCCCACCCCCAACCCCCAACCCCCCAGCUCCAUCAUCGCCCUCCAGAAUAUGUUCCUCACUCAUACACAAGAGAACUGCCAACGAUGUGAGGAGAGAGAGACAGUGGAUAUGAGGAGGAGGAGACUUUGGGAGAGAAACUUUGGAAAGCUGGGCCUUGUUUUGUCGUUUGUCUCCGGUCGGGGGACGGUGUGGCUGUCAUGGUGCCCCCACCGCUGCGACGUGCUGGAGGGACGUGCACAACGAUGGGAGAAACAACAAGGAAGAGAGAAAUGGACCUCUGUAAAGUGCCCGUUGUUACAUUUUUAUGGAACAAAAAAAUUAUGUUUUCCAUUUUUUUUUCUAUUUCAAAAAACUUCAGUCAAUGUUUCCCCCCCCCCCUUUUUUUUUCUCUCUUCUGGUGUGUUUGUAAAUGGCCAUUUGUAUGUUAAUAUGAGAAAAAAAACAACAAGCAAGAUCAAGUACUGAUACUAGAUGGACGUCUAGCCAACCUUGUUUUGGUCUUGGGUUCGCUGCCGAGGAGAGCGCCUGAGACUCUGCCGUGACUAUCUUAAAAAAAAAACUGCUUAUAUCGAGACUUUGUACCAGACUUUGCAUGGUCUUGGAUGCUGUUGCAUAUCAUUUUAGAGGGGAAGCUGGAGGGAAGGCUCUUAUUGUGUUAAAAACCGAAAAAAAAAACGAAAUGAAAAAAAAACAAACAAAUGAAAAAACAAAACAAAAAAAAAACUAAAAACUAUUUAUUUGUUUUAUUUCUGCCGUAUGGAUCUUAGCAAA